AUUUACUUGAGUAAACAGAUUGCAAAAGAGUCCGCUGAAAGCUCAGAUGUAACAGUGUGCUGACUGGUGCGCAAACAUUUCAGGUUUCUCUUUUGUCUGCAAAACUGAUUUUUAAUCACAUUUUACAAUGUCAAAAGACAAAUAUCUAGUGCUGGAAAACUAUAUCGGUGGGAAGUGUGUACCAUGUUCCAAGCUAAUAGACUCUUUCAACCCAUCGACUGGAGAGGUUUAUUGCAAAGUUCCAGACAGUGGCCCUGAGGAGGUGGAUACUGCAGUGAGGGCAGCCAAAGAGGCCUUUCCUGAUUGGUCGGCAAAGAGUCCAGCAGAGAGAUCCAAAGUACUGAAUAAACUGGCAGACCUGAUAGAGGCUCGACUGGAAGAGUUUGUCCAGGCUGAGUCUAAAGACCAGGGGAAGACUAUAACAUUUGCCCGAAAUGUGGACAUUCCACGAUCAGCGUACAACUUCCGUUUUUUUGCUUCAUCUGUCCUGCAUCACACUAACGACUGCAGUCAGAUGGAUCACAUGGGCUGUCUCAACUACACCGUACGCUGUCCUGUAGGAGUGGCUGGUCUCAUAAGCCCAUGGAACCUACCGUUGUACCUCCUGACCUGGAAGAUCGCACCGGCUGUUGCUGCAGGCAAUACUGUGGUGGCCAAGCCUAGUGAGAUGACCUCUGUCACUGCCUGGAUGAUGUGUCAGCUAUUGGAGGAAGCCGGAUUUCCGCCUGGAGUGAUCAACAUAGUCUUUGGUACGGGCCCACGAGCCGGGGAUGCUCUGGUGUCCCACCCAGACGUGCCGCUGAUUUCAUUUACGGGGAGCACAGCCACGGCGAGGCUGAUAACAGAGCGCAGUGCACCGUAUUAUAAGAAGCUCUCGUUGGAGCUUGGUGGGAAAAACCCGGCUGUUAUAUUUGCUGAUGCUGACAUGGAGCAGUGCAUCAGCACUACUGUACGAUCCAGCUUCUCCAAUCAGGGAGAGAUCUGUCUGUGUACCAGCAGAAUCUUCGUCGAGCGCAGCAUUUACCCAGAAUUCCUUGCUCGUUUCGUGGAGGCGGCUCGUCGGUGGAAAACCGGAACGCCUUCCGACCCCUCCAACGACAAUGGAGCGCUCAUCAGCAAAGAGCAUCUACAGAAGGUUAAAGGUUAUGUUGCUUUGGCGCUUGAAGAAGGUGCCCAGGUGCAUUGUGGGGAGGGAGUGGACAAACUUAACCUUCCGCAACAAAAUGCGAGCGGCUAUUUCAUGUUGCCCACUAUCAUCUCCGGAGUGAAGGACUCCUCCGCGUUGAUGCAGGAAGAGAUUUUUGGCCCGGUAACCUGUGUGACACCCUUUGAUGAGGAGGAGGAAGUGAUAUCAAGGGCCAAUGGCGUCCGCUACGGUUUGUCCGCCACGGUGUGGUCACGAGAUGUGGGGCGCGUGCACAGGGUUGCUAGGAAACUGCAGGCUGGGUUGGUGUGGACCAACUGCUGGCUGAUCAGAGAUUUGAACCUCCCGUUUGGUGGCAUGAAAAACUCGGGCAUCGGUCGAGAGGGGGGAAAAGAUUCGUAUCACUUCUUCACUGAGGUUAAGUCCAUCACCAUCAAACACUGACACAGAAUGAAGCGGUAUAUGAGUCACUGUGUGCUUCAUGUGGCAUUUUAAAUCUGUAUACAAAUUAUAUAGAGGAAGCAAUCAGACUUGAUAUGAUUGCGAAAAAAGUCCCAAGAGAAAAUCUAAGUGCUUCGUAGCUUUUUUUUGGUGAUUGAAUGUUGGUGAAUUAUCUCGGUGGUCUUAAAUGGUCAUAUUCUUCAGCGUGUUUCGUUUUAGGACAUAGCAGUCUUCGGUUUUAUCGCUUAGAAGUUACAGAAACUGAAUGAAGUCAUCAGGUCUGCUUUGUUUAAAAUUCUGCUUCAUUGUUUUUCCUGAAAUUCCAAAAAAAAAAAAAAAAAGAAAUAAUAUAGAUAAAAUGAGUGCAUUAAUAUAAAAAAUAUACAGCUGUUAAUUGAAGGGUGCGUUUUUUGGAAAUAUUUCAAGAAAAUACUUAUCUUAUCAAAGUUUUGAACUUAUGAUUGUCACAUUACAUUUUAUUAUUAUUGUUUUAAUUGUCACAUUACAUUUUAUAGGUGGAAUAAGUAACAUUUUAAAUGUAUUUUUACAUUACAAAUAUUUUUUUAAUUAAUAAAUAAUUCACUUGUUUUAUUUUAAAAUUGCAUUCUUAGUGGAAAAGUGAUGAAUGCUGUUUGCUCUUGGUUAAAUCUAAUUUUGCUGCCUUUAGACAUUAAAGAGAUCUUAUUUGGGUUUUAUAUCAGAACAACAUAUGUGUGCAAAUGUUGCGGUUGGUUAGCUUCCCACAGCUGGGUGAUGGAUUAAUGUGCCGAUUCCAAGAAUUAUCAGCGUGGGAAGUGACUAUCUGACACAUGCUUUAGAAAACAUACAUACGCAUUUAAGUUCUGCAAAAGCCCACAACUAUUCUGUGCUUCAAAAUGUUUCACGUGAAUCAGAACAGCAGCUGAAGUGAUGGAGACAUGAUGUUUUUCCUCUUUGUUCAGACCUCUCUGGCCUUUAGGGCAAAUCUUUGUAUCACAACAUCUUUCAUACCUUACAAAAAAGGACACUAACAAACAGAAGCAAAGCGAAUCAAAAAUGCUAUUUCUAAGCCGGUUAAAGUCAUGUAAGUAAAUCAAAUCUGAAUAAAGCAUUCAUUUUAUAUACAUUUA